AUGCGUGUGGAGGACCCGAAAUCACUGGAUGCCGUAGCCGAUGCGGAGGAAUCCGUUAAGGUCGAGGCUCCACUUGAAGGAAGAAAUACACGAGAAGAAAAGGAUGAGCAGAUGUUUGUUUUUAAGAUUGCGGUGGUGGGCGACUAUAAUGUUGGCAAGACGUCCAUCGUGAAGAGAUUGCUCGAUAUUCCAUAUGAGAAUAUUUCACCGUUGCCUCAAGCCGAAAACAAACAAACGAGGGCCAACGGCGCAGAGAAGGGUGACGACAAAAGUGGGAAUUCGGCAAAUGUGUCUGCAGAAGGGGCUAACAAGUAUGAAGCGGAGGUAAAUAGUGCUCAAAAUGGUGCCAACACUCGAACUGAUUGCAACGACAAGGCGGAUGUGGCUCUUAUGACCAAAAACGUGUUGGAACCGCUUCCCGCCACAACACCAACCGUAGGCACCGAUUUCUUUUCCCGUGUCGUGCGGAGUGUGCGACCGGGACAACAUGUGCGACUGCAAUUUUGGGACACUGCCGGCUUAGAGCGGUACGCCUCUGUGCACGACUCCACAUUCCGCCGCGCCUCUGCGCUCAUUGUUGUAUUUGAUGUGAGAAACAGAGAAAGUUUUGCCCAUGUAACUUCACAGCACCUUAAGCGUGCCAUGCAGUACAAUCCCGAUAUUAGUGGCCGUCACAUAUUUAUUGUUGGUAAUAAAGUAGACCUUGUUGAUAACAGCGAGCCUGAGGAUAUGGAUAGAUUUGUUACGCAGUCUGAGCUGCAGUCCGGACUGUUUAGCGCGUUCCCCGACGUGCAUUAUUAUGAAACUAGUGCGCAAACCAAUUACGGUGUAUGGGAAGUGUUGCACGGCCUUUGUCAGUCGCUUCCUGAUAACUACGCUGCGACCACUAGUGGGGAAGCUAAAGAGGAAAAGGCAGCGGUAACGGAGCGAGAUCCGUUGCAUUCGCUUCUUCCUUUAUGUUAUGAGCCCGAAACUACAUUAGAUGAAGGAACAGUGGCGGAGGAUCCAGCCCUCACUGCAGAUGGAACCCUGGCGUCACUGUCGUCACCCUCUUCCAUUAAAUCGAGGGAUGUUCGGAAAGAUACAAAAGCGUCCGAGGAUGAGUUAUUUUCUCCAAGAGAAUGUGCUGACGAAGAUGAUGUUUGCCAUGGCGGCGCGGAUGCGGCUGAUAAUUUGAAGAGCGCACGGGGGCGUGGCUCAAAUGGGACUGUUGCUACAGUUAUGGCUGAUCCUAUUGACGGCGAUGGAAUUGAUGUUGAUGUUGAUGUUGAUGUUGAGGGUGAGGAUGAGGAUGUUAUAGCGGACGCUGCUGCAGAGCCCGAGUGUACCGUGAAUUCCAGCAAACAUGUGGAUCCAAACAAAUCCUCCCCAGUAAAAGAAGAAGGUGAAGAGGAUGCAGUGGCGGUUCAUAGUGAGCGCUCGGCCCCGGGUGAUGGUGUUGUUGAUAAGAAGGUUAAAUGUAAUGGAUCAGACGGCGAGGUUGAGACGGAGGACGCCACAGAUGUUGAGUGUUUUCCUCAAGAGGAUAAUGCGGCUCCACCGAGUGUACAAAAUACGGCUAGAUUUGGUGGCAAUUCGUUGCAGGCGCGUGCUUCAUCAUUUGCAAAUGGCGGUGAUGGAGUUCUUUCAUGCAGUCGUGCCGCCAGGGGCAAAAGCGGAGAGGACAGUAAAGCUGAUGAGAACCCUCAAGUGACUUCACAUCGCAAAAGAAUUGAUGAUAUGUUGAAACGCAUCGAUGAAGACGCCGGCGUGGAGGAUUUUUCUGAGGGAGGGCGAAGGGUUGAGCAAAUGCAAGAAGAGGCAUCGGAUCAAAGAAAAAAGGAGAAGUCUCCAGUUAAAUUGUCAAGGUGUUUUUGCUUCGGUUCCAAGGGCGGCGGGUCUAAACGUUCAGGUUGCUGA